GUGAAUAGCUGGGUUUUAUUAAUUAUAAAUGAUAAUUAAUGAAUUGGUACUUAGGUACAUGCAAAAUACAUCAUCAACACUUCAAUUACCGAAAGAGGCAAUCAGCUACCCAGCAGAUAUCGUCAUGAAUGGCCCAAGCUCCUUAUGUGUUCCUAGAAGAUGAUGUCGAUCAGAUCAAUGACAUCACAUUAACCUAAGCUGAAGGUAACAAUUACUCUCCAAGGUGAGAGGUGUAAAUGGAUUUCAAUCCCAAGCUUUGCCAAUGGCUGAACCCAUCCUGCCCACCUAUUUGUCUUCAUAAACCCCUGACAUUGCCGAAACUACCUCUUCAUAUCACGUACAGAGAUAAUAGAAUAGGUCGAGGUAUUCAAUUGCAAUAUCUCCCAAUCCCCGUCAAUUACAGAUAUCACGCUAUUGCCCACCAUGACUACGACUCGAUCUGGUGCUAAAGCUGAAAAUGGUGUCAAGAACCGGAAUGGCGAGAAUGCUGGUACUAAGCACCAACUUGACACGAAGACUUCUCCAUCAUCCAAGCGAACCAAGAAGGAAGACGAUUUGAAGCAGACCACCAUCGAAGACAGAAUACCGAGGUACGAAUACAUGAGUAGCUAUUUAUUGAUACAACGAAUAUUGUUAACAUCUCGAUGUAGCCCUACGGAAGCAUAUGGCGAACCACCGGCCGAUAGUCUGAAGAAGAAACGCGAAAACGGCGAGAACGGAAAAAACGGUGCAGUUACCGAGAACAAGCCGGAGCAGAAUGGUUCUGCCGAAAAAGAAGGAGCAAGAGAAGGAGUUGUCCCGUCAAAUAUCCUAGAGAAAGGUAUUAUAUACUUCUUCAUUCGUGGUCGAGUAGGUAUCGACGAGCCGAGCAGCGUAGACGAUAUCCGCCGCAGCUACAUUGUCCUGCGCCCACUGGACAAAGAUGCGAAACUUGGCGAGGGCACGAUUGAAGAUGUUGGGAAUAGCCGCCUAAUCGCUAUUCCUAAGAAAGUGUUACCAUCAAGUGGCCGAGAUAGAUGGAUCGCUUUCGUCGAGAAAUCGCACGCUUCUUUCAAAGCGUUGAAGGAAGAUUUUAUCUCGGCUUCCGAUUAUACCACCAAGACUGCUGGUGUGCGACAUACCCCCGCUGCAACUCCAAUAGCUGAAGGGAUCUAUGGUAUCACGAGCACCGGUCGCGAGAGCCACCUCGCGUAUAUGCUCACUUUACCCGAUGAGCUCGGUGAAGUCCAAAAGGAGAUUGGACUUAAGGGGAAAGGAAGUUUUAUUAUUAGCACCAGAAACCCUCAAUAUGAAGCUCCCAAAGGCGCUGCUCUUCCACAGGGUCCAGAAUAUCCGCAGGAAGUACUAGAUGAUUUCCGAUCUCUUCGGUGGAUCGGAACACAACCCAAGCAUCUCGACUAUGCAAACACGCAAUUCCUAUUAGUUGGUGAAUCAAGCGGUAUUAAAAAGGCGACCGAGCCACAGAAAAAUCAAAAAGAAGGACAGGAAAACCCUAUAGAGGAGUUGGAGAAGUUGGAAGAUGAAGAUACUCACCGAAUGGAGGGCCUGCAAGGGGAUGAUUCAGCAGCUAUCUUUGCCGAUCUGCAUGCUCGUGCAAAGGAUUAUCCUAAGCUGCAAACUACGUUCUAAGAUACCUAGGUAUGAAAUGAUGUAAAAUGAAUCAAAAGUGAAAAACAGAUAAGGAAAUGAAACAAAUGAAACGCGAUGUAUUAUAAUAAAGAGAUGCUUGGUAUAUAUCAUGUUUGGGAAUGAGGAAUGUUCAAUCCCUGUAAAU